AUGGGUGUUGUCGACGAAAAAGAGGCCGUUAGGCCCAAAGGCUUGGGCAUCAGGCAUGUGCAGACAGUGCUGCUGUUCCUGGGGAUGCUGUUUGCGUUCACCAUGCGAGUCAACAUGAGCAUGGCCAUCGUCGACAUGACAGACGAAAGGAAGGAAUUUUACUUCCCCUGGUCACAUAGCGUGCAGGCAGUGAUCCUGUCCUCCUUCUUCUGGGGCUACGUGGUGCUGCAGGUCCCAGCUGGUGAGCUAGCGAGGAGGUUCGGAGGCAAGGUGCUGUUCACCAUCGCGGUCUUCGUCAACUCCAUACUCUCGCUCAUGCUGCCUUUAGGAGCUGCUUGGGGAGGAUGGCGACUGGUGUGUACGUGUCGAGUGCUGCAAGGGUUGACGCAGGCGUUCAUCUACCCCAGCACGCAUCACCUCGUCAGCCAGUGGAUGCCGCUGCAGGAGAAGGGGAUCCUCACCACCAUCGUGUAUGCUGGUGGACAGUUGGGGAUAGCUCUGCAGCUACUGGCAUCAGGGUUCCUUGCUACGUCCUGGGGCUGGCAAGCGAUAUUCUACGCCAACGGAACCCUCGGGACUAUCUGGGUGAUAUUCUAUUUGAUCUUUGGCGCCGACUCUCCAGAGACAUCGAGGUUUAUCAAAGAAGAGGAAGUUUUGUAUAUCCAGACUUCAUUAGGACGUGUGGGGGAGCAGAAGAGAUACCCCACUCCGUGGAAGAAGAUUCUGACCUCACUCCCCUUCUGGUCCGUGAUAGUGGCGCAUUGUGGGCAAAACUGGGGCUUCUUUACACUCAUGACUGAAAUGCCUACUUACAUGGCCAAAGUGCUUAAUGUUGAUCUCAAAAAUAAUGGUGUUCUCUCUUCCCUGCCGUACCUCUCAAUGUAUUUACUCAGUUUCGUCAUGGGAUUCAUGACAGAUGUCAUUAUCAAGAACAACUGGAUCAGAGUAUCAAACACUAGGAAGCUAUUUAAUUCUAUAGGUCUAUGGGGUCCAGCAAUAGCACUGAUCGGCUUGUCGUACGCACCUGAAGGUAACAUGGUGUUUGCAGUGGUCAUGCUCACGCUCGCUGUGGGAAUCAACGCUGGCCAGUACACGGGAUACAUGUUGGUACACAUCGACCUGGCUCCAAACUUCAGUGCGUGUCUGAUGGGCAUCACCAACUUCCUAGCCAACAUCAUCUCCAUCAUCGCACCUCUGGUCUGCGGCUUCAUCGUCCACGACGAGACGGAGCCGGCAGAGUGGCGCAAAGUAUUCUUCGUUGCCUCAGGAGUGUACUUCUUCACAAACUUGUUCUUUAUACUGUUUAGUACAUCUGUGAGGCAGCCCUGGAAUGAGCCUAAAGAGACUGAUAUCGAAAUGAAAGCUCCCGAAAUGAAAGAACCUGAAAAAUCGAGAUUAGAAGCGAAAUGGAGUAGCCAUUGA